AUGAUGUCCAUUUUACGCGUCAGUGAGAGCUUGCCCUCUCAUGUGAGUCGGCCUGCCUGGCCGAGGCCCGGUUCGACCAGCAUACUGGAAGGGGGGGCCGGUGCUGGCUCAGACAGCUACGGAGAGACGGGCCAUCAGGGCGAGGACGGGGAUGCUCUGGCAGCAGAAUUCCACGCGAUUCUCCUGGAUGGUCAACCCGACCAGGUGAUGGAUGCGCUGCUGGAUCCUCGAUUCAGAGGCCUGGUCGGGUCAAUGUCCCCCAGCGCCUUCGUGGAGGCCUUGCACGUGCUUUCCCCGGCCUAUUUCAUAGUCCCGUAUCGACAGAUCCAUCAUGCACUUCAUCCGUGGGCUGUUCAAGUCAAGCGUCUCAGGCCGCUGCCGGCAAUCUUUGACGAGUUCGCCGGCAAUCUUGCGGCAAUUCUCCAAAUCAGGCACUCUGCAGGCCAUGCCUUGGGGCUGGCCGAGUACACACACCUUCUCGAUUGCGCCCGCUCGAUGGGCGAUGCCACCAUGGCCGGCGAGGUCUGGGGUAUGAUCAGGGAGGAUGGGCUGGUGCCGGAUGUCCAGUGCUAUAACCAUUACAUGGAGGCAAAGGUCUGGGAGGGCUUGUAUCUCGGUAAAGCGAGGUAUCGCACACGAAUGACUCCUUACUUGUAUCGAAAACGAGGUUUCUGGACACCUAACCCCGGCUGGGAGGGGUACGGUACGGGUCGCCGGAGUGUGAGAAAGUCGGUGCUGGAGAUAAUGGACGAGAUGACGCGGGAGGGGACCGCCGGGGAUGUGGCCACCUUCACCAAUGUGAUCCUUGCGGCAAGCCGUGUCGGCCAUGUGCAAGGCAUGAAGAAUGUGCUGCGAUCAGUCUGGAACAUUGAUGUCGAUGUUUCUCUGACCUCGGCGCCCCAGGCGACUCCAUACGACCGCUCCUCUCCGCUGUACCCCACAAACGACUUGCUGCACGCCAUAGCUCAUGCGUUCGGUACAAAUAACGAUAUCCCCACUGCGCUGCGACUGAUAGAAUUUCUCUCGAGCAGAUACGGCCUUGCUAUUCCGGAGACAGUUUGGCUGGAGUUGUUCGAGCGAGCCUUUGUUUUGUGUCGCCCGAAAUUUGGCGAGGAUGCCGAACGACGGAGAAAAGGCCAAGUCUCUUUUGAUUCCGUGCGAAACAUGUUCAAAACAAUGACAGGCGCCCCGUUCAAUGUGCGUCCAACAAUCAAGGUGCAUCAAAGCCUCGCCAAGAUUGCAUGGGAUAGUUGCCGCCUGCGGGAGUUUCAAAACCAUAUGCAUGCGGCCUAUGACAUCCUGGAGCAGACAAGGAAGCAAUGCAGGGCUGCGAGAUUGGUGCUGGAACCCUACCUAGGAUACGCCCAGAGGCGGAAAUCGCGUGCUGACCCGGCGGAACUCCAGUCGCGAGAAUUUGCAGAUGCGGUGCAUAGAUAUGAUGUUCUUCGACUGCGCACUGCUCAGGAAACCAAUACACUUGAGAGUCUCGCAAAGCUCCUGCUGAUUAGAAGGCGCUGGGCGGACCAUGACAACCCAGUAUGGGAGCGAAGACUUCUUCCGCGGAUGCUUGAGGAAUGGCAAGACUUCCUUCCAGAGUCUACUGUAUGUCACACUCACGGGGGGAUCGUCCAAUUUCGUGGGCGGACCUUUUGGGGCGAAUCUUCGCGUACUGAUACCGAGUUGGAUAACGAGGCGAGACUAGAUGAUCGUUACUUCUGGAGGAGGCGUCUGCAAUCAAUGCCGCAUAUUGAAAUGACCUCCGCGCCACUGAAACGGCUUUUCGGUCCCGUUCUUAGAUACCACGAAGCAUAUGAGCAUGAGGACGUGUAUGACCCAGCUAUCGAAGAUCCCGGCCACGAAUAUGACGAAUCAUAUGAGCAUGAUGCUGCUGAUGAACCUGCUACCUUUCGGGGGGAAGGAUCCGGUCACACUGGCAAGAUUCCGCGCCCUCUCGCACCAAAACGCCAAACAUAUGAACCUGAUGAUACUUUCCACACCGUGCCUGGAGCUCCAUCAUUGGUUUGAUCUUCUCCUUCUUUCUUUCUUUUCUUUCUCCUUUCCGCCUCUCGGCUCACAACUCGUGCCCCGAAGAACAAGUCUUCUAAGCCUCCGAGGCUAAACAACGUAAACCACAUCAUGUGCUAUUUCCAGUUGUCAGUUAUGAACCCUUAUGAUUGCACUAUCCUGUUUAUUACCUGAGCGG